AUGGCAUGUUUAUUAAGUCCUUUUAAGGAUGAAGAAGAUACCUACGGCUUCAACUACUUAGGAACUAUGUAGGCAGGUGUACAUAGUGUGCCUCCCUACUUCUUCUUGUUUCUUCCCUUGUACUUUUUAAAAGGGUUCAAAUCUAGCCAGUACUGCUUACCAAUUCACAUUUGAAUUUCUCAUUUCUUUUUUUCAUAGAGAAACCCCAAAUCCACUGAUAAUCCGAGGGGGUAACGAUUACGAUAGAAGAAUGGAAACUGCUAUUUUCUGGCAACUAUAUUCAUCGUUUUUAACAAUAGUGAUACUUUUCACCAUAGCUGGAAAUUCCCUGGUUUGUAUUUUAAUAACACGAAACAGAGCAUUGAAAUCAUCCAUUAACUGGCUUCUUUUCCACCUGGCCAUUGCAGAUUUACUGGUAGCUGUGUUUUUUAUCCCUCCAUGCGUUCUAAGCCACUUUAUUCAUCAUCCAGGUGGCAAGACUGGAAACAUUCUGUGCCUUAUAUUUACCGCUGGUACCUUAGGCUGGGUAUCUGCCUCAGCGUCGAGCUUUCUACUGGUAUCAGUUGCAUUCGAGCGAUAUUAUGCCACCUUACAUCCAUUUCGGAGCCUUCAACGCAGGCAUUCGUGGUGGCUGCUGUUCCUGCUGUGGAUUUUAGCAAUCUCGUUAAACCUUCCGUCUAUUGUUGUGACAGCCUUUGAUGUACAGAGUCAAAUGUGCUCCGAGAACUUCCCAAGUUACACAUUUUCCAGUGCCUAUUACAUCACAUGGUCAUUUUGCAAUUCAGUUAUUUCUAUUUGCCUAAUGGGGUGCUUGUACUCCAGCAUUAUUUUGCAUUUGCAAAAACAAACUUUUAUUCCAGAUUCUUCUCGAGCAUCGGCGACACGGCGCAGAAACAAAGUGACCAAGAUGCUCAUUUCCGUCACUGUAAUCUUCGCUGUUUGCUGGAUUCCUCAGGCUACACUC